AUGCUAACUCACCUGAACAGUGCCAUGGUCUCGGUAGCAUUCUACCAGGUCCUCAGAACCACCGUCCCGGUCUUCACUGUCGGUAUCUACCGCACGAUCUUUGGCCGUACCUACGAGAACAUGACCUAUCUCACUCUUGUUCCCGUCAUGAUCGGUGCCGCCCUGACGACGGUCGGCGAGUACACCUUCACCGAUCUUGGAUUCCUGCUCACCUUUGCUGGUGUCAUGCUUGCUGCGGUUAAGACCGUUGCGACUAACCGCAUUAUGACCGGCCCCCUGGCCCUGCCCGCCAUGGAGGUGCUGCUGCGCAUGUCGCCUUUCGCGGCUAUGCAGUCCCUGGCCUGUGCCGUGGCCGCCGGCGAGCUGACCAAGCUUCGCGAUAUGGUCGUUGGAGGCGAGCUCGGCUUUGCUACGUUCAUCGCCAUCGCUGGCAACGGCGCUCUCGCGUUCGCCCUCAACGUCGCCUCUUUCCAGACGAACAAGGUCGCUGGUGCCCUGACCAUCAGUGUCUGCGGUAACCUCAAGCAGUGCCUCACUGUCCUCCUCGGCAUUGUCGCUUUCGACAGCGUCGAGAUCCACCUCUUCAACGGCACCGGCAUGCUCAUGACGAUGCUCGGUGCUGCGUGGUACAGCAAGGUCGAGCUGGACCGCAAGGCCCGCAAAUAG